CGCACUGAGUUCAGUAUCAUACGUACGCAGUCGCGCCAUGGAGCUUUCCCCGAAGGCGCUCAAGUAUGCGAGUCUAUGUAUACUGUGCGUGCAGAACAGCCUUUUGGCUAUCCUGAUGCGGCUCUCGCGGGUCGGCAACUUCCCGCGCUUCAAUCCGGCCACCGCUGUGUUCGUAGGGGAGGCACUCAAGCUGGCCACCUGCUUCGCUGUGCUCUUCCAUGAAUUCAACUUGCUCAAGGAGCCGCAGCGACGGAAGAGAAUGAGUGAGGCCUUCCGCAACAUUACCAACAUGGGCGAGCUGCUGCGUGUGAGUGUGCCGGCCAUGCUGUACGUAAUCCAGAACAAUCUACAGUACGUGGCUGUGUCCAACCUGGACGCGCCCACUUUCCAGGUCAUGUACCAGCUCAAGAUCCUCACCACCGCUAUCUUCUCGGUCGUGAUGCUACGGAAGACUGUGCUGGUCACGCAGUGGGGAGCGAUCGUCACACUCAUGAUGGGCGUUGCACUAGUGCAAUUGGAUGAUGAUGCAUCCAGUGCUACUGCCAAGGAAGACACCGCACAGAGUACCACCAAGGGACUGCUGGCUGUGGUUGCCGCCUGCGUAUGCUCUGGCUUCGCAGGCGUAUACUUUGAGAAGAUUCUCAAAGGAACCGGAUCAACAACCACACUCUGGGAACGCAACGUGCAGAUGUGUUUCCUUGGGUUGGCAUUAUCUGGCGGUGGUUUGGUGUAUAAUGAUUUUGAGUCGAUCAUGAGUCGCGGCUUUUUCUACGGCUACCGCCCCGUAGUGUGGGCGGCAAUCGCCAUGAGCGCAUUUGGCGGUCUCCUAACAGCAGUCGUCGUUAAAUACGCCGACAACAUUCUGAAGGCCUUUGCCACAUCGAUCGCUGUGGUGCUCUCCGUCAUCAUGUCGGUGUUUGUAUUUGGCAAAGUGCCGACCGGCCAGUUCGUGAUCGGAGCAAUUCUCGUGAAUGGCUCGGUUUACGUGUACGGCAAGGCUCCCGAGUGGCGCAAAGACCAUCUUGAACCUAUUUUACCUGUUACUGGACAAGUGUCGAAGGAGACCAAGCACAUCGCUUAGAAAAAUGGCUUAGAAAACCGGUAGAACUACUGAAUCUUGCAUACGUACGAAGUGUAUCCAAGAGAGCACUAUACAUACACCUGCUACCAUAAAUGUCAUACAAUACUCAUUAUUACAAUUGUUACC